CUGAGUCCAGUCUACUCUAACGGCAGUCAGUAAAUGUUCGGAGUCCAGAGGAGCAGAGCGACUACAACUCUCUGUUAACUGAGUUACAUUAACAAGGGGACGGAUUUCUCUUCAGACAUCAGGACCAGUCCUGAGUAAAAGUGUCGUCUCGUCCAAAGACUUCAGCCUCCUCAUUGGAGUCCAGGUUUGGUCUCAUCCGUAUUUAAGCAACAACAUCAGCUGAGUCUUCUGUCCGUUCCACGGCUGAGUUCGUUCCAGUUUUCAGUGGAGGUCAGUCCAGCGUGUCAAGCUGGACGGAGGAGAGACGAGUGGGGCCGACGGCCCGGCCUUCGUGCUGCGACACAGAACUUCAAACCUCACCACAGAUAGCACGCCUACAGAUCCCAUGAGUCCCCGGGAGAAAGGAGACACACCCACCUCAGGUUCUUCAACCAGUCACCUCAGUACCACAGAGUGCCCCUCACACAAUGGGAGUGUCCCAGAGUGCGAAGAGGAGAGAAGAAUAAAGGAGGAAGACGACAGAGGAAGACCAGAUGGAGAGGAGAAAGAACAGGAAGAGGAUGAGAGGAGCAGCGAUGAAGGUUUCAUGGGAAUGACUCCGCUGCUGCAGGCUCACCAUGCCAUGGAGAGGAUGGAGGAGUUUGUACACAAGGUGUGGGAGGGCCGGUGGCGCGUCAUACCUCACGACGUGCUCCCCGAUUGGCUGAAGGACAACGACUUCCUGCUUCACGGCCACAGGCCGCCCAUGCCUUCUUUUCGCGCCUGCUUCAAGAGCAUCUUCAGAAUCCACACAGAGACAGGAAACAUCUGGACACACCUGCUAGGCUGUUUGUUUUUCCUCUGUCUGGGUCUGAUGUACAUGUUCAGGCCCAACAUGUCUUUCGUGGCUCCGGUCCAGGAGAAGGUGGUGAUCGGGAUGUUUUUCCUGGGAGCCAUCCUCUGCCUCUCCUUCUCCUGGCUCUUCCACACAGUCUACUGCCACUCUGAGGGCGUCUCCAGAGUCUUCUCCAAGUUGGACUACAGUGGGAUUGCCUUCCUGAUCAUGGGCUCAUUUGUCCCCUGGUUGUACUACUCCUUCUACUGCUCCCCUCAGCCUUGUUUCAUCUACCUGAUAGUGGUGUGUAUACUGGGCCUUGCCGCCAUCACCGUCUCCCAGUGCGACUUCUUCGCCACACCGCAGUACCGAGGAGUCAGAGCAGGAGUGUUUGUGGGUCUGGGUCUGAGCGGCGUGGUUCCCACUCUGCACUUUGUCAUCAGCGAGGGUCUGAUCAAAGCGACCACCAUCGGUCAGAUGGGUUGGCUGCUGCUGAUGGCGAUGCUCUACAUCACCGGAGCCUGUCUAUACGCCGCUCGCAUCCCUGAGAGGUUCUUCCCUGGCAAGUGUGACAUCUGGUUCCACUCCCACCAGCUGUUCCACAUCUUGGUAGUUGCUGGGGCUUUUGUUCAUUUCCACGGCGUCUCCAACCUGCAGGAAUUUCGGUACACGGCGGGAGCCGGCUGCGCCGAGGAUGGCACUCUCUAACACACACACACGCAUACUGACUCACCCAUUCACUCACACACAUUUUACGGGGAGGCACUGGUUCUAAAAAUAUGCACAGAAUUUCACACACAGACAUACAUACAUAUUCUACUCAAACACACACAUAAAACCUAAGACAUGCACACACACGCUCUCCCCCCAUCCUGAAGACCGAAGUGGCUUGUUCGGUGUGUUUCUGUAUGCGUUAUACACAGGAUGGCCUCCCAGGGGGCGCUAUUAAAACUGAUUGAGAAGGGGUUUUGUUCUGUCCCUCUGUCUGUCUGUCCAUCCCCACCUCCUUUGGCUCUGGUUGUUUCCACUAUAACAGUUUUUGAGACUUUACUUUUCCCAGAAAGUGUAUCCAUUUGUUUAGGAAGGGCAGAGCCAUUCAAAACCUCCCUUGAGAAAGUCUGCAUUUUCUUCUGUGUUUUGACAUUUAAUGGUUUGAUUUGAAGAGGAAGCGUAAUUGUGGCUUUCCAAAAAAAAAAAAAAAAGACAUUUUGGGGUGUUUUUUUUUGCAGAAUGCUGUUUUCCAAGUUACAUUUUAGAGCAUUCAAAUAUGGAAAAAAAAGGAAAAGAAGUGACUGGAAAAUUUCUUUGGAUUUCUUCCAUGAUUGUUAAGGUUACAGGGGGAGAUGUUGGGGUGGGCGGGUGGGGGCUUAAUAGUCACUUUUAAACGUUAAAAAAAAGAACCCUUUUCCAUGUAAAUAAGAUUUCUAAAUUUUGGGUUAUAGAUUUGUAUGAAAUAUAUAUGAAAAAAAGAACAAAAAAAUAUGUUAUAAUAUGAUGGCAAGAAUAAAUAAAUAUGUUAGAUGAUAAAUCAAUUAAGGAUGAGGAGAAGAGGUGUUAUAUCUACACUUGUUCUAGCAGUGAGGUGCAGUGGCACGAAUAAUACUGAUUGGAGGGAAGCGCUUCAAAUAAUUUCGUUAAGUCUGUAUAUGCAAGGAUGAGAAAGUAGAGAAGACGAAAUAUAAGGCACAACACCUGAAUCUUAUCAAACAAGCAGCGACUGAGAGACUUGCUUGUAUUUUGUCUCCGAAGUGACAACUCAGAGUCACUUUUCUGAGAUAAAAACCUUGAAAUAUUAACAAGGAGACAACAGAACAUCUGUCCUCUACUCAGUGUUUUUUUUUGUUUUUUUUUUUCCCAUUCUUGACUUGAACCUGCGGCCUUGUGUUUUUCAAGCAUCACAGAGUCGGAGCACUGAUUUGAAAUCAGACCUGGGGCCUCAUAAAUAAAACGUUCUCAUGUGUACAUGUGUGCUUGAAACCAAAUAUAAAGUCAAACCUAUGAAAUAUAAAAGUGUCAUCUUGAUAUGUAGCCAUUUUCAUUUAUCUUCUUACUGUAAAUUCUCUUAUAUAUCUAAAGAUAAAACUAAUUUUUAUGCCACCAAUAUAAUUUUAUUCUUUUUUAUGACAUGCCCUUAAAUGACUCCUUACAGCACAUCAAGGAUAACUUUAAGACAUUUUUAUAAACAAGGCCCCAGAGUCACAUAUGUCACUUUGGUACUGUAAAUCUACAGUAUUAAUACAGUACAGAUGCAGUUCACUGUAGUCCUCCUCCUCCGUGACACUUGAUAAGAUUCACCUACAUACAGAAAAAGGAUUCUCUGUCUAAAAACACGUUUUUCUUUAUUGACUGGAUUGUAUUUUAAUUCUGUUUUUUGGUAUUAUUAUUUUUAUUGCAAGCUUUAAUUUUCUCUUUGCUCUUUGUUUUUUUCUUUCAUCUGUUUGUGUUGCUCAGCUGGAGAUCAUUAAAAAUGGCAAAACAAAAAAAAAUCAUAAAGUUUCCCAAAACAAUCUGACGAUGUUCUCAAAUAAUUACCGUAACUACUAUAAGGGCACAUGAACAGUCUCAGAUACUGAGACUUCACUUAGAGGUUACUACACGGUGAACUUUUUAAACAUAUGUUUUCUUACAAUACCAAAAUCUUGCACCUGCACAAUGGAAACACUUAUAUUCUGAGCUUGUCAUAAACUGUAUUUCUGGGACUGAAAUUUAGGUUUGCAAAUUUCUGAACAGCAAGUUGAGUUAUUAUUUGCAUAAUCAGCAUCUCUUCUUUGCAUCACACUUUGCUUUGAAGAAGAAGAAAAAAAAUCUUAUUUUCAUCCUCUGUUUUUCUUUUCUUUUCCUAAUUUUCUGUUUUUAUUCUAGUUUAUAUUAAUUUAUUUCUCUUGGGGAGCGCGUAUUGUCUGUUGAAGCACACGGGAGUGUUUGAUUGCAAUAGACCUUUAUAUCUGCUGUAUUGUUCUAAUAAAAAGGUUUUUUUGAAUCUGU